CCCUGCGGAGCGGGAGGGAGUGAGCGAGGGAGCGAGCGGAGCGGCGUCGCCGGAGCCCAGCCGCGCCGCCGGCCCGCCAGCCCGCGCUCCAGUCCGCCGUGUCUAGCAGCGGGGCCCAGCAUGGUCAUGGCGGAUGGCCCGAAGCACUUGCAGCGCGGGCCGGUCCGGGUGGGGUUCUACGACAUCGAGGGCACGCUGGGCAAGGGUAACUUCGCCGUGGUGAAGCUGGGGCGGCACCGGAUCACCAAGACGGAGGUGGCGAUAAAAAUAAUAGAUAAAUCUCAGCUGGAUGCAGUGAACCUUGAGAAAAUCUACCGAGAAGUACAAAUAAUGAAAAUGUUAGACCACCCUCAUAUCAUCAAACUUUACCAGGUAAUGGAGACCAAAAAUAUGUUGUACCUUGUGACAGAAUAUGCCAAAAAUGGAGAGAUUUUUGACUACCUUGCUAAUCAUGGCCGGUUAAAUGAGUCUGAGGCCAGGCGCAAAUUCUGGCAAAUCCUGUCUGCUGUCGAUUAUUGUCAUGGUCGGAAGAUUGUGCACCGUGAUCUCAAGGCUGAAAAUCUCCUGCUGGAUAGCAACAUGAACAUCAAACUAGCAGAUUUCGGUUUUGGAAAUUUCUUUAAAAGUGGUGAACUGCUGGCAACAUGGUGUGGCAGCCCUCCUUAUGCGGCCCCUGAAGUCUUUGAAGGGCAGCAGUAUGAAGGACCACAGCUGGAUAUCUGGAGCAUGGGAGUGGUUCUUUACGUCCUUGUCUGUGGAGCUCUGCCUUUUGAUGGACCAACUCUUCCAAUUUUGAGGCAGAGAGUUUUAGAAGGAAGAUUCCGGAUUCCCUAUUUCAUGUCUGAAGAUUGUGAGCACCUUAUUCGAAGGAUGUUGGUCCUAGACCCGUCCAAACGGCUAACCAUAGCUCAAAUCAAGGAGCAUAAAUGGAUGCUUGUAGAAGUUCCUGUUCAGAGACCUGUUCUCUAUCCACAAGGGCAAGAAAAUGAGCCAUCCAUUGGGGAAUUUAAUGAGCAGGUUCUACGAUUGAUGCACAGCCUUGGAAUAGAUCAGCAGAAAACCAUUGAGUCUUUACAGAACAAGAGCUAUAACCACUUUGCUGCCAUUUAUUACUUGUUGGUGGAGCGUCUGAAAUCACACAGGAGCAGCUUUCCUGUGGAGCAGAGACUGGAUGCCCGCCAGCGUCGGCCCAGUACCGUGGCUGAACAAACAGUUGCCAAGGCCCAAACUGUGGGGCUCCCGGUGACCGUGCACUCCCCAAACGUGCGGCUGAUGCGGUCUGCCCUCCUCCCUCCCGCAUCCAACGUGGAGGCCUUUCCAUUCCCAGCGUCCAGCUGUCAGGCAGAAGCAGCCUUUAUGGAAGAAGAAUGUGUUGACACACCAAAGGUUAAUGGCUGCCUGCUGGACCCCGUGCCUCCCGUCCUCGUGAGGAAGGGGUGCCAGUCGUUGCCCAGCAACAUGAUGGAGACGUCUAUCGAUGAGGGGCUGGAGACGGAGGGGGAGGCUGAGGAAGACCCCAGCCAGGCCUUCGACGCGUUCCAGUCCACGCGCGGUGGGCAGAGACGGCACACUCUGUCAGAAGUGACCAAUCAGCUGGUUGUGGUGCCUGGUUCAGGGAAAAUUUUCUCCAUGAGUGACAACCCCUCCCUUGACAGUGUGGACUCUGAGUAUGAGAUGGGGUCUGUUCAGAGGGACCUGAACUUUCUGGAGGACAACCCUUCCCUUAAGGACAUCAUGUUAGCCAAUCAGCCAUCCCCACGCAUGACCUCUCCCUUCAUCAGCCUGAGACCUGCCAACCCAGCCAUGCAGGCUUUGAGCUCCCAGAAGCGAGAGGCUCACAACAGGUCACCAGUGAGCUUCAGAGAGGGCCGCAGGGCGUCGGAUACCUCCCUCACCCAAGGAAUUGUGGCAUUUAGACAGCAUCUUCAGAAUCUGGCUAGAACCAAAGGAAUCCUAGAGUUGAACAAAGUGCAGCUGCUGUAUGAACAGCUAGGGCCAGAGGCAGACCAGGACUUGGCCCCAGCGGCACCCCAGCUCCAGGACCUUGCUGGCGCUUGCCCUCAGGAGGAAGUUUCUCAGCAGCAGAAAACGGUCUCCACUGUCCCCAGCAGUGUGCGUCCUCAGCUGUCCCCACGGCAAAGCCUGGAGGCCCAGUACCUACAACACAGACUCCAGAAGCCCAGCCUUCUGUCCAAAGCCCAGAACACCUGUCAGCUUUAUUGUAAGGAAGCCCCGCGGAGCCUGGAACAGCAGCUGCAGGAACACAGACUCCACCAGAAGCGACUCUUUCUGCAGAAACAGUCUCAGCUGCAGGCCUAUUUUAAUCAGAUGCAGAUAGCGGAGAGCCCGUUCCCGCCACCCCUUCCCCGCCAGGAGGCGUCUGCGCAGGCGCCGCCGCCCCCGCCCUUCGGCCUGGCCCAGCCCCUGAGCCCCGUCCUGGAACCCGCCCCGGAGCAGAUGCAGUACAGCCCCUUCCUCGGCCACCAGUACGAGGACCUGCGGCUGCAGCCCCUGCCCUCCUCGCCCGGGCCCCGGGCCCCUGCGCUGCCCGUGCACCUGCAGCAGCAGCAGCAGCAGCAGCAGCCGCCGCCUCAGCCGCCCCCGCCGCCGCCCCCGCAGGCGGGAGCCGCCCCCGCGCCCCUCCGCUUCCCUUAUCAGACUUGCGAGCUGCCGGGGGCGGCCUCCCCCGAGCCGGACUAUCCCCCGCCCUGUCAGUACCCCAUGGAUGGAGCCGCGCAGAGCGGCCUCGCGGCACAGGACUGUCCCAGGAGCUCAGGACUGCAGGAGGCCGCCUCCAGCUACGACCCCCUGGCUCUCGCCGAGUUCCCUGGACUCUUCGAUUGUGAGAUGCUGGAGGCUGUGGAUCCACAGCACGGGGGCUACGUCCUGGUAAAUUAACCUCAGCGCAGGAAGUGAGGCGGGUCAAGUGAGGGAAGAAUGUGGAUUUCAAUUUUUUUUCCAGCCUUUUAAGUGUCAAGCUUACUUUCCUGCCCUCUCCCAAAAGGAGAAAACCACGUUGCCCAACUGGAAUCAAGAGGGCCUGGCCAGGCGCGCAGCGCUUCCUCUUGGCUCUGUCUCACCGCGGUCUUGUGGGGCGAGGGGCUGGAACACGUCGGAGCUGAAGCCCGUGCCCUUAGAUCAAGUGGAGAAACGCUGGUGGGAGGCGCUGACAGAUGUUGUCAUGAGACGUCCAGACCUAGGUUUCCUGUAGACCUACAGCAGUUCGUUAUCGGGGGAAACCUUGGUGAACAGCUGUGUGCCAUUAGAUCUGGGCAAAACGAAACACACAAAAAAAUGCAAUAUAUUUUUCACUGAAGCCAAGCGACAGCCCGUCGUGUUCAGGCAGGUCAAGAAUACGUAGUGGGAGUUGACGCAUAGGAAGGAAAAUUGUGCUCGGUCACCGAAUCCUAAGUUUGAAGCUGCUGAUACAGGUUGUCCCCAACACCACUGCAAAGCAGGGGGACGUGAGCUUUGUUUCAGGGGCUGCUGAGUGAUAGCCGGGACUGAGCCUUGAUACUGGCAGUCGUCUCCACCCGGAGCAGUGACUUUCCCCCACCCCUUCCCUUUUCAGAGGUUUCUGGGGCUCCUACUCUGUCACCUGUAGAACCACGAGACCCACCGCAGUGGAGACCGGGGAGCACCGGCCCUGGGCCAGGGGAGGACGGGCUCUUCCCGCAGAGUCUUCUGUGGAGACCGCUGCUCCCGGGCGGUCAGUCUUCAGAGGGCCUUGCGGCUCUUUUAAAAUGUAGUCACUACUUGGACUUUAUAGUCUAUGUUGCUAGUAGUUUAUGGAGCUUUGUACAUUUGGACAGUUUCAUGUAGGGCUUAGCAAUUCUAAGGACAAGAAAAAUGAACUUCGAUCUCCCAUGUGAA